CAAGGGCCGGAGCGAGCGAUCCGCUGAAGACCUGCUCAUAUGCGACAAACGAACGCUGGUGCUCGCAGCUAGCUUUUCCGCUGGUCCGGUGGCGCUGGCAGCCGCCUCGCUGUGUGCUCUGCUCUGCUCGAUCGCCCCGUUCAGUCAGCCCGCCUCGCCGAUUGAUUAGGCAGCGAGAGCGAACAGCAGCGCGCGUCCUCCUUGGUCUUGCGAGCGCGGCCCUCCGCAGGUCGUCCAGCCUACCAGCCAACCGAUCGGGGGCCCUCGCGAGCCCCACGCACGGCGGGUGCACAUCGAUUCACCCCCGGCUGCCCGCCCGCCCGCCCUGCCACCGCUGGACUGCCCGCCCGUUCCACCCCAUGACCUUAUCCACGUCAAUGAGUUGCACUGAAGAUAACGCUGCUGUGAGGUGCAUGUGGGUCACGAUAUCGUUGUAAUAAAUCCGAGAGCAGUCCAAUCGAAAAAAAGAGCACAACACACCCCGAAAUCCAAGAUUGAAGAAGAAGAAAACACCCCGACCUGAGCAGAGCACCCGCCGCUGCCAUGCAUGUGGAGAUUCAGGUGGCGCUCAACUUUGUUAUAUCCUACCUGUACAACAAAUUACCGCGGAGACGCGUCAACCUGUUCGGCGAGGAGCUUGAGCGGGCGCUCCGCGAAAAAUUCAAUGGACACUGGUACCCUGAGAAGCCGAUGCGCGGCUCAGCUUACCGCUGUAUCAAGACGGGUACCGGCUCGAUAGACCCGGUGCUGGACAUGGCCGCCCGCGAGAGCGGCAUCCCCGUGCAGGAUGUACUGGAGAACCUGCCGCAGGACAUGGCUGUGUGGGUGGACCCCGGAGAGGUGAGCUACCGCAUCGGCGAGAAGGGCGCCGUGCGCAUCCUCUACAACGAAAGCAUGGCGCAGAACAACGUCGCCCUGAGCGCGCCGGCACCCAACAGCUGCGGCAGCUCGUCGCCCGACGACGACCUGGACACGGAGGUGCGCAAGACGUUUAACCCGGACGCGCAGUGCUUCCGGCCGAUCCAGAACGCGCUCGGCAACCUCACCAUCUCGUGCCCGGCGGCCAAGGUGUGCCUGUCGCCGUACCAGAACGGCGCCAGCAGUCCCCCGCCGGUCAGCCAGCAGACGCUGCCACCACCACCGCCGCCCCCGCAGCAACAGCUCCAGCAGCCGCCGCCGCCGCAACAGCUCCAGCAGCCGCCGCCGCCGCAACAGCAGCAGCCGCAGCAGCAGCAACAGCAACAGCAGCAGAAGCAAGCGGCCAAUGGCAUCCUGGCACCGGUGGCCGUGGCCCAGGGCAGCACCUCGCCGACCAACACCAAGUCGACGGGGAACGGCUCGUCGACGACGGCUCCGUUCCUCGGCCGGCCGGCGGCGCCGCCGCUCACCUUCACCACGGCAACGUUCGCGCAGACCAAGUUCGGCAGCACCAAGCUGAAGAGCAGUUCGAAGCGGGCCAACCGCAUGUCGCCGACCGAGUUCUCUAACUACAUCAAGCAGCGAGCUCUGCAGCAGCAGCAGCAGAGCCAGCAGCAGAAUGGCUUCGUGGUCGGCGCCAACCGGCCGCGCUCGCUGUCGCCCAACCCGCAGCAGCAGGCACAGCAGCAACAGCAGCAGCAGCAAGACUUCUUCUUCCCGGGCCGGCAGUACUUGCAGUACCCGGCCCAGUACCACCCGCACCCGAUGCAGUCCGAGCUGCACUUCCCGCAGCACCAGAAGCAGCAGUUUCCUCCGAGGGGCUUCAUGGACGGCCACCUAGCGACUACGCCCACCUCCAGCUCGUCCAACAUGCUGCUGACCUCGAUAUCGCCGAGCACGCUGCCCAACUCGAGUCUGGUGCCACAGAGCGCCACAUCGCCGGGCAACGGCAACGCGGCCGGCGGACCCUCGUCCGGCCAGGACAGCAAGCAGCAGCUGCUGGACGGCCUGGGCUUCGGUCUGCCCACCUACCAGCCAGGACAGUACCAGCACCUGCUGGUGGCCAAUUAAGCCGCGCGGACGGCUAGAAGCCAGUUUUAGGUAAAAACAAUAUUGAAAAGUUUGAGACGGGAACGAGAGAGACUAGCCACAUACACACAGACACACACACUCUUACACACACUCUUUACGACCUGACUUACCUUGCAAGUAUGACAGCAAUUCGUGUAAAAAUUAAACGCCUAAGGCUUCGAUAGUUAAAACCUGACACGUCCUCUCGAUUGGAUAGGCGAUUAUUUGCAUGACUGUCAGGCUUUAUUUUUUAACGAGUUUUUACUUGCUGUUAAAGUGUAAGGGAUAUAAAAUGCUGCAUACCGACUCUUUUGUCACCUAUAAAAAAAGAUACAGUGAAUGUCUCCCACUUGAUCGCGAUCAACAAAAUAAUUAUAAUUAGCUAAAGCAAAGAUACAAAUGCUAACACCUUUGCAAAAGGUUUUCAACGAUAAAAGCCAAUGUUUCCAUGCAUGCCCUUAUUCAAUGAAAAUAAUCCAGAUGGCAUUAUGGAUACAGAAACCACUACCCCCGAGGAAAAGUAUAAAAUCUGUUCAACGCUUUCUAUCUGAUGUAACGAUAAAAAUGGUGCUUUGUGCUGGUUUUAGAAAAGGAACAUGCGCGCAUUCGAAAAUAAAGCUUGUGAUUAAUUUUCUUUUAAACCGACGACACAACAGAAUAAUUUUUCUAUUCGCUUUUUUACGGAACUAUCAACCAAAGAAUGUAAAUAUGUACGUUUACCAUAUUUUUAUUGAGACCCGCCCACCAUUUAAAUAAUAACAACUAUUCUAAAAUUUGUUGCAAAAUUUGAGCCCCACACUUUCAAUCGUAAAAUUAGAAAACCCGAGAAAAUCAAGCUGAUAGAAAAAGAAAGGUUGUCAAGAUUGCUUACAAAAAAAACACAAACUACCAUUUUAAUAAAUUUUUCAAGCAGUUUCAAUGUUCUUCAUAAUGAUAAUAAGAGUGAAUCUAAUACAAAAUGAAAAGAGCCAGGCCACAAUAGUGUGAUGUGAUGCAGAAAUAAGAAUUUAAUACCGAGAAUCGUCUCGUUUUCACUGAGUACGCGUACAUUGUGUAUUAUUAAGAAGGAAAAACCUAUACAGGAAUUCGAAAAGAUUGCCAUUUCAACGAUAUCUAGUGCAGUACGAAAAUUACAUAAUCGGCGCGUAUAUAUCACAAGAAGUAACUCAUUCGCGUAUGCAGACGAAAAUUGGAUAAUUUUCAUUGGAGUGAUGUUGCAGUAAAACAAAGGAUAGCUUAACCUAAAAACGGUUAAAUGUUGCUCGUAUGUUCGUGACCUAUACUGGAAAGAAAAAAAAUAAUUCGCCUUGUAGUACGGGGGACAUUUGAGAUGUGAAGGCCUAUCAUAAAUUUAGCGUGCGACUAUUGACGAGAUGGUUGGCACACUUAAUAAAAUAUGAAUAUACAUAAAUGUUUUCAUCUAAAGUAAUCCAGAAAAUGUGUGGAUGAAUGUCGACUUAAUUAAAAUAAUGAGGCUGUUAUAACUGAAAAACUUCAUUGAUUAUAUUUUUAUUAUGCGCACUUUUAUAUUUUCAUACUCGUGUGAGAUAAUGUCGUCCACAUAGUGUCAAGAGAAGACCUUCAUUUAGGCCGCAUAUAUUAUGAAAAGAAUGAAUUCUCUGCUUCUUUCUUUGAUGCCGAUUGUUUUAAGUAGGACUUUCUGUUACUUUGCACCGUUCUCGAUCGUAGGAUGUGUACUAUAUCAACUUCCAAUGAUUAAAAGUGGAUUCUGCUUAAGUGAUGAGAAAAAAUACCUGACACAAAAACGGGGAGGAAAACGAAUCCACAGCACGUCGUCGUGUUACAAGUGAAAUGCUGGCUCGUUUGCGUUUUUAAUCUGAAAUAUUUUGAUACCGCGCGGUUGAUUACAAUUUUUAAUUUUUAUAUAUUUAUAUACGCCGUUCAAAUAAGCCAUAGCUGUUAUAGAAUUAAAUUACGCUUCGGGAGCCCCCUCGAUGUAGCUCCAGGUGUGUCACACAAAUUGCAAAGAAGAAAAACGACUGUAGUUAUUUACUGGAUGUUUGCGCAAUGGAUAAAAUAUGACUAUAUGUACGUUUCAAACACCCACACACACAUUUGAGAAUUUUGCUAAUUGUAAAACUAAAAAUCGAUCUCAAAAAAGAUAUCCACAUGUGAAAUAAGUGUUGUGAAUUAAGCCUACGAAUUUUUGGAGAUUCUUUGUCUUAUAGAGGUUCGAAACCGAUUACCAAAAGAUAUGAUAAAUGAUUUCGGUUCGCAGCAGAAAUUCUUCUUGUCAGCAAGUAUAUUAUACUAUAUUUUACUGAACUCACACAAAAUACAUAUUUUCUAGCUGAAAGGAUAACAUGUAAAUCAGAUAUAAGUUGCAUGUUGGUCGACAGAAUUAACAUACUAUUAUCUUUCUCUCUAGUUGAACGCAGGCAAUUUUCUUGAAAUGUGUAUAAUUGCAAAAAAUAAGUACAUAUACUCCACACUGCAUGUUUUUCCUCUUGUGCUAAAUAGACAGCAACCGACAACACGAGAAAAAGGUAACAAAGUCGUCUUAAUGCUAAUCUCACCAUAAGAGGCAAAAUAUUCAAUCAAGCUGUGCUUCAUUGUUAUUCAGAUCGAUGUUCUCUUCAUUCUUGUAAACGUUAAGCACACACACGAAAUAAAUACACGCCACAGUUAUUAUUAAAAAAGAGAUGUAACUUUUGAGACAGAGAAAGUAAUUUUUGUAGGUUCACAAAACGAGGGAGUAUUAGAAAAAAUCAGUAGCAAAAUAUGUUGAUUGAUAAAAAAAAAGAUCGUAAUUAAAGAGAGAGAAGAAAAACUUGCAAAUCCAACUUAUAUAAUAUCCGGGACAAACUCGUCGUUGGCGAGCUCUACUGUGCGUCCACUUUUGCGCCACUUUUUCCACGAUUACGCUUCUUGACUCGCUCUAAGUAAAACAAAAAUUGGCGCAAGAGUGGACACCCCCUGGCCGCGGGCGCCGGUGGCAUCAUCCCCCCGACGGGGGAUGGGAAAAUAAAAAAAUACGACGAGAGAAAAAGAAAGAACGAAACACACAUCCUGUUGCGCAACUACACGAAUUUCAAUUAGGAUAAUUUGCUUGAUUAGCAGUGCUGUGUCAACCCAAAUGGCCUACCUUCGCACCUACGUGUCUAAUUACUCCCGCGCCGCCCCCCGCGUCGUAUUUCGUACGUAAAACGAGCAUAAAUAUUAGUGUACGCACUCGGCUCGAGGAGUUGUGCAACAAAUCUCCGUAGCUCCCCACGCGAUCGGUUGUUUGCUUUUCGUUGCGUCCCCCCGUGAACGAACGUUCAUGAUUUCCCAACGCGUUCCGUCGAUAAUUAUUACUACUCCUUUAUUUUUGCACUCGUGGAUUUGAAAUUUCUGCAACAACGCUUGCUGCCGCUUCUCUCUGUGUGUCAAACGCGAAACUCGUAAACGUGCUAAUUGCCCCUGUAACCGCCGGUUCGUCUUCAGGCGCGCAUAUUUGCUCCAAGCAGUUGCGCUCCGUGCGCUCGGGAGAAGCCCGCCGUGUAUUUCAGUUCUGGAGGUCGUUCGCCGCCGCGUGUUUUAUCAGUAUGCAGUGUAAUAAAAACUACCACUUUGUGACACACUUUUGCACUUCUUUCUUGCUUGUUUGCCGUCCGGCUUAGGAAAAAUGUUGGCCUGUGUUUUUACGAACGAUUUUCACUCACGAAUUCGAAUUUUUGGAGCAAAUAUCUAGUUAGACCCUUAACACUCGCAGCCACUGACAAUGAAAGGAAUUAGCAAGCAAUUCAUUGGCAGCUCAAAGAACCGAAGAGUAUCAGUAAAAAUAAAUAUAUCGAAUAUCUCACACUUUUAUGGUAGAUUUAAACAAAAUUUUUUAUACACCCGCGAGGAAUACUAAAUGUUGUUGUCUGUAAUGCAAUGUUGAAACGGCCUGCUAUUUUCCUCUUGAUUUAAAAUAAAUGUUUUUGCAAGAGAAAGUUCUUAUAGACAGCACUGUUCGUCGUCUCCGAAGCCCACGCACGAUUUUUCUUUCAUUUCGUUUCGGUAUCGGGCGGAAAAACUUCAAAGGUGCUCGGACUCAGAUGUGUGGCGAUCGAAUACAAAUAAGCGAAAAACACAAAACGAUGACGACUUAUAAGUUAAGAGGUGAUUCUGAUGCGCUCCGUAGAAUAGCAGGUUGAAUUUGCUGCGAGCAUAACGCGUAUGGUCGAUUAUUUGAAUCAGCAGUCCAAAAGUACCUGGUUUAAUUGAACACAAUGCGUAAAUUCUCGCGAAAUCUCUGGAAUUAGGGCGAUGUGAAGCGAAUCUUCAAACCGGCGAGAUCGAUUAAUGAACCGCAGUUAAUCGUGAUUAUUUUAGGCUUUGCUGAUGAGUUGUCUUGCUUUUUAAAUAUUGACAAUAAAACCCUGAAACGGAGAUAAAAAAAAGAAACACAAGAUAAGUUGGAUUGCAUUGUCCCAAAGAUGAGAACGUGGUUAUACAAAAAGUGUUACAAAAUAUCAUAUGUAUCGUUGGUUGGAUGUAAUUAAUGGUGUGCCGGCGCAAGCGUCCGGCUUAUUGACUUAAAGCAUCACUUUUCUCUAUAAGUAAUUAAUACAUAUAUAUUUACAAAUUCUGUGUUGAAAGAGCGUAAAAUUAACUGCGAUUAUUAUUGUUAGUAUGAGAGAGUUUAAAUUUUGUUAUUGAAGCUGCUUCACAUAAUGUAGUUGAGCGAAUUAUAGCUGUGGGUGUACAUAUAUAACCACAUAAAAGAAGAGUCAACAUAGUAUAUUUUUGUCACGGUUUUCAAGGUAGUCAAAUAUUUCAAAUGUGUAUAUCGAUUAUAUUUUGUAUUUCGCACAGAACGAUGAUCAAGAGAGUUUCGCGCCAGCUGAGGUGGUUUUUAUCUUCUUCUUUUGGCUUGUAACAUAAAAAUAGCUUGAUACAUCACAGUCAGGUUUCUUUACGUUUAUCUAGGAGGAUAUUUGUUAUUUUUUGUAUUUAUCUAUAAUUUUUAAUAAAGAAUGCUUAAAUGUUAAAAAUCAAA